GUAUGUUUGCAUACUUUGCAUGGUUUCUAUGAUAAAUUAUUGAGGGGACUGUGUUUGCAUGUUCUUUAGCCCACGUCCCGAUCUUACCUGUUUCAUAUAAUCUGCCUGCGCGAAGCGCGGAGGUCUGGGUCGAAAGAGGGCUAAACGGAUUCUUUUAUUAGUUCCCAAGCCUACCGCGUGGAUCCCACUCCGCUCAGGUUAUGCUAGUUUUGAUUUGAGCUUGAACCAGUGCGCUCCUUUGUAGCGUUAAGCGGCAUCUUUUCUUAAUAAGUUUAGUAUGAUAAAUGUGCCUGUAGAGGAAAAUCUACAUAGAAUCCUAGAUAUGGAGGACAAAGGAGAUGAACUUAAACCGAGGUGAACAGCCUCAGAUCAGCCUAGAUCUCCCUCGACUCAAAGGAACAAUCAACUCAAGAGAGGUGAAUCCUGAAAACUAAAUCGGCAUCUAGAAUGUCAAAGAAGCGUUCCGUUUUAAAGCUUGUUUUUCUUCUUGUUUCCGUGGCAUUGGUUCUGUUUUAUCACAUCAAGAAAAAGUAUUUUUUACCAAGAAAUACUUUAAUUUGUAAGAACCACAAUCAAACGGAUCAGUGGCUAAUUUUGUUCUGGUCGACAGUUUUCGGAAAACAACCACGUAUUGAGCUUAAAUGGAAUAGAAGUGACUGUCCUGUGGCAUGUCAGGUCACCUCUGAUCAUUCUCGAGCCUGUGACGCAGACGGCUUCGUGGUCCACGCCAGGGAUUCGCACAUGAUACCUCCAACAGAAUCUGUUCCGUGGAUCCUUUACACACAGGAAAAUCCAGUGUACACUCCCGUAAUGAACAACACCGAGUUUAUGUCCAGAUUUAAACUGUUAAUAAGCUACCGUUUAGAUUAUGAUUUUCCUUGGCCAACCUUUUAUAUGCCUGAGGCAACACCACCUCUAAGGUUUAAGGAAAAGACUAAACUAAUAAUGGCUGCAUUCUCAAACUGUGAGCCCGUGCGGACGGAAUACAUGAGACAAUUGAUGGAGUUUGUGCAGGUCGAUUCUUAUGGAGCCUGUCUUAAGAACAAAUAUGAUCUUGUGGAACGCUAUGGAACUAGGAACGGAUCAAACUUCUUAGAACUGAAAACUGAAUUGGCCAAACAGUACAAGUUUACUCUUGUAUUUUUUAAUCAGGACUGUGAUUAUUUUGUCGAUGCACAACUGGAUCAUGCUUUAAAUGCAGGCUCAGUUCCUGUGGUGAUGGGUACGGAUAAACUCGACGAGUUCCUGCCCGGCAAUCUUCGACGCUCAGUCAUUAAGGUCCGUGAUUUUAAGACCCCAAAAGAUCUUUCAGAUUAUCUUAAGUUCCUAAGCCGAAAUGAGACUGAAUAUAACAAGUAUUUGUCGUGGAAGUUGAAUGGAAUAGGAAACAUCACUGGAACCGCUAUUGGAAAAUUUUGGAAGCCAAAGUAUCCUCUUUAUUGCCAGAUCUGUGUGGCACUUUCAGAAGGAAGAAUACACGAAUAUGGGCUGGAGCCAAUACCGUGUAAGGCAAGGACUUAUGAAGCCUGGGGAAU